UGUGCUCACUGUGAGCACCACUAGCUUAUCACCGUAAAAUAAAUUUGUUGGACAGUUAUGAAGAGGACGUAUUUACGGCACGUAAAUAUUAUUUUCUCUUGUAGAUUUGCUUUGUUGACCCGAAUUUGGAGAAGUCGACCAAGAAGACUUAAAAAGAUUAGGGUUUCGGCUUCCCACCAGAAGCAGCUCUAGGGUUUUGGAGAAGAAAACAAAGCAAACAUGGGCUUUUGAAUUGGAUCCAAAACGAGAAUUUGCAGAGAAAGAAAACUAAGCAUUUCCGGUUCGAAGUAGAAAGAAGAAAAAACCAGGGAGGAAAGAGAUCAAGGUUUCUUCUUCUUACCAGAGGAAGCAGCAAAAGCUUUGGGUUUUUUCUUUUUUUAUCAAUUUUGAACCAGAGCAAGGAGGAGGAGGAGAAAGCAUAACCAAGAGAACCUUCACAAUUAGGGUUUUUCCAAUCCUGCAACUCAAUCUAAUGGAGCUUGAAACUGGAACUCUCGUCCAAGGCCUUGUGCUGAUAUUUGCCCUGGCCCUAGCUUUCUUGGCCUACAACUUCCCUGCUCGCGUCCUAGCUCCGUUGCGAGCUCGAGGUCGUUCAUCGGCUCAAGCCAAACGCCACUUUAUUCAGGGGGCUCAGCUUCUCGCUCAAGCUCGCUCUGCUCCCUCUAAAAAGGACUCUCUCUCGUUAGCCAGGUCCUCACUCAAUCAAGCUGAUCAAGCCCUGACUCUAGAUCCAAAAGACGCAGCAGCUCACAUUCUCAAAGCCCUAGGUCUGCAACUUUUGGGGCAACUUCCUCAAGCCCUAGCCUCUUUGGACAAUGCGCUCUCUCCUCCUGCUCUGAAAAGCCUAGCUAAAUCUGAAAGGGCCGAUGCUUUGUUUAAGAGAGCGGAGAUUAGGCUUAAAAUGGAGCCCAAGAGUCGACAUAGGGCCGAGCUAGCCAUGGCUGAUCUUCUUGCUGGUAUUACGAUGAAGGAGCUAGAGAAUUCUAGGGUUUUUUGCAUGUUGGGAGACUGUUAUUUGAGGAAGGAGAUGGUGGAUGAAGCUAAGAAGGCCUUUGAGAAUGCUUUGAGGCUUGAACCUUCGAGUGAGGAGGCAAAGGCUGGGCUUGCUAGCAUCUCAUGAGGAUUUGGGGUUUUAUUUUCUUGCUGGUUUUAGCGUUUUGGGAAGAACGGGGUUUGCGGUGAUUAGGGUUUUCAGAUAAAUUAAGUUAAUCUUCAGGGGAUGGAGGCUAUGGAUUUUGAUCAUUCAUAAGAAUCAGUUCUUCUCUGACCAUGAAAUAAUUAGUGUUUUCUUGUGAGAUCUGAGAGCUGGUUUUCUUCAAAGUUGCACGAAUAUUGCUAUGUUGUAAUAAUGAGGGUUUUCAUGGGAUCUGAGAUCACCCGUUUCCAUCAAAUUGAGAAUUUGUGGUAGGGUUUUCAUGGGAUCUGAGAUCACUGGUUUCCAUCUAAAUUGAGUAUUUAUCGUUUAGGAUUUAUAUGAGGAAAUUUUUACUUGAUCAUCCCUAAGAAUUAGGUUUCUUUGGCCCCUGAGAACUGGUUCUGUUCGACUUGUGUUGGAGGACUUUAGAAUGCUGUGAUCAUUAAUGAGAGCUAAAUCUUCUCUUCAGAUUUUGAGAACCAAAGAACUGGUUUUGUCAGAUGGGUUACCAAUAAGUGGUUUCCUGUCCAAUGAAACUAGGGUUUUGGGGAAUGGUACUUAGAUUCUCAGUAUAUUAUUUUACCUUUGCAGAACAUGAGCUCAGCGAAAUUGUUCCAAAGAAGUUGCAUUUUUUGGAGAAAUUUGAAAUCUGAAAACUUGAGUUUAACUCAGCUUCCAUCAAUUGGAUUUUGGUUACCGAAGCAAAUUAUCAUCUAUGGAGAUCUUUCAAAACUGAGACUUGUGUUAUUGUUAUCAUUUUGGCUCCCCAAAAUGGCUUACUAUUUCCUGUUUCUAUGUUUGUGAUUGUAUCCAUGAACAAUGUAAGUUUGUAAUAUUUAUUGAGAAUUUUGAUUUCUUC